AUGAAAGCUUACGUAUUUGAUGAUAUCCCUGGAGACCAGAGACUCCCUCACGAUUCAGGUAAUCCAAUCUCACACAAAAGUCUCUCUGAUCUAGGAGUGAUAUACAAGCAAAUCCCCAUUGACGAUGAAAAAGAAUGGGAGAAGGAAAUAGACGUCUUCGCUAAAGAAAGAGGUUAUAAGAAUAGAGAUCAAAUCACCGUGACUAAAGAAGGUCUAGGUGCUGCCUAUGAAGAAAAAAUCAAAUCUUUCUUUGACGAACAUCUUCACGAAGACGAAGAGAUUCGAUAUAUAUUAGGUGGAUCAGGUUACUUUGAUGUACGAGGGGGUAAAGAACCGAAAGAUGAACAAUGGAUUCGAAUCUCACUUGAAAAAGGUGAUUUGAUAGUAUUACCAGCAGGAAUAUAUCAUCGAUUCACAGUUGAUUCAAAUAACACAAUUACGGCAAUGAGAUUAUUCCAAGAUGAACCUAAAUGGACUCCGUAUUCGAGAUCUGCUCCUGAUACAGAUACGAGAUCUGCCAGAGAAGAAUAUCUUAAUACUAUCAAAGCGUAA